AUGGCCAUCACUUUCACCGUUGGAGGCUCGCCCAUUGGGCUCACCUCCAUCUCGGUGGCCCUAGUCGCCAGUGUCGGCGGUUUCCUCUUUGGCUACGACACUGGACAAAUCAGCGGUAUUCAAGAGAUGAUUGACUUCAAGGAACGCUUUGCGACCGAAACCAUCUUCGACUCGGCGACGAUGACGACCGAGCCGGCGUUCAACUCUUGGCUCAUUGGACUCAUCGUGUCCUUCCUGAGUAUCGGAACGUUCUUCGGAGUCUUGAUCGGCGCGCCUAUUGCGGAUAAGCUCGGCAGAAGGCUCGCAAUGACGGUGGAGACGGUCGUUUUUAGCGUUGGAGUUCUCAUCCAGGUCACUGCGCAGUACGCCUGGUACCAAGUUGCAAUCGGUAGGCUCGUCUCGGGUGAGUUCUGCGGCUCCUGAACGCGCAAUGUACGAGCGCUUGUGUGUAGGAAGGAUCGGAACUUAUCGAAGUGCACGCCAAAGCAGCGUGUGGGCAUGUCUUUGAGUUGCCGCACGCCAUCGAAGAGCUUCGAGUGCCCAUGCAGUGGCGACGUCUCGCGCCGCAGUCGUUCGAGGCUCGCGAGCUCGAGUGAAGGAGUCGUACCUGAGUUUCGCUGACUCACUUCUGCCCUGCCAAUGUCGUCCGAUCCAGGUUUAGGAGUCGGCGCGCUGUCUGCCGCCGUUCCGCUCUAUCAAUCAGAGGCAAUUCCCAGCCAGUUGCGAGGUGCAGGAGUCGCGUGAGUCGCCGCAUUACGCUCCAAAGCUCAUCACUUGUGACCCGUAGUCAGCAUCACUGACAUUGCCAUGCAUGUUGCAUCGCAGCACCUACCAAUUGGCCAUCACAUUCGGCAUUCUAGUCAGCAACUGCAUCAACAUCGGUACCAGAAGCAUCGAAGGAAGCUGGUCAUGGCGGACACCCAUCCUGCUCGGCGUGGCCUUUGCUGCCGUCCUCGGUAUCGGCAUCUGGUUCUUGCCCGAGUCGCCCCGAUGGCUGGCUGCCCGUGGUCGACACGACGAAGCUUACGGAGCCGUCGCGCGCGUUCGUGGCGCAACAAGAGAAGAUUCGAACCCCUGGGUAGAGGCAGAGUACGCUUCCAUCAUCACGUACGUGCAAAACGAAGCCAAAUUGAAGAAAGCUGGCUGGAUCGACUGCUUCCGUCCCCAAAACAAGACGCUAUACCGCACCGUCCUUGGCAUCGUUCUUCAAGCCGGACAACAGUUGACGGGAGCCAACUACUUCUUCUACUACGGUGCAAACAUCUUCAACAGUGCGUGCGGAAAGACUUGCGGAGCGCGCGAGGCGAGGGACUCGGGUAUAGCGGCAGGCGAUUGCUGACACGCUGCUCUGCUCCCUCUCGCGCAGGUGUCGGCUUGCGUGACAGCUUCGUCACGCAAAUUAUCUUGGGAGCAGUCAACUUCGUUGCGACUUUCGGGUCUCUAUACAUUCUAGAGCGCUUUGGUCGACGCAUACCUUUGAUGGUGGGCGCCAUCGGUAUGACGGUAUGGCUCCUCAUCUUUGGUCUUGCAGGACACGUCGGCAAUCCUACUGAUCCGACCUUCGGCAGUCUCAUGAUCGCCUCGGCGUGCAUCUUCAUCGUUUUCUAUGCUACCACUUGGGCCCCAGGAAUAUGGCUUUUCAUCGGAGAGUCGUUCGCUUCAGAGACGAGAGCCAAGCAAGCCUCGCUAUCUGCGGCAUCGAAUUGGUUUUGGAACUUUUUGCUGGCCUUCUUCACAAAGCCAAUCACGGGAGACAUUGACUACGCCUUUGGUUUCGUCUUUGCCGGCGCCAACUUUCUCGGAUUCUUCAUCGUCUACUUUUUCGUGUAUGAGACCAAGGGGCUCACUCUCGAAGAGAUCGACGAAAUGUACAACGACGACCGUGUCAAGCCGUGGCAGUCGCGCAAGUGGGCUCCUGCGGGAAGAGCUAACCGCUUGGACAUUGCAGCUCGUGUCCGAGACGAAAAGACGGACGAUGUUCUCAAAGUCGAAGAUCCGCAACACGGACAUUGGAAGUCGCAGCCAAAUUCUGAGGGAGACGAGACGGAUACUGCGCGUAAACAACGCGAGGAGCCCAUCUCGAAGACGGAGGAUGCUUGA